CGACACAGCUCAUGCAUUAACCCAACUCCUAAGUUGAUGCUAAUGACAUGUGGCACCUUCUCAUCAUGCUUAGUGCUACUCCUUCUAUGCACCAAAUAUUAAAAAAAAAAAAAAAAAAAAAAAACAAUUACUCUUAUUCCAUAAACGACAUCAAAAUAAAUAAUGUAAAAGACUUGGUAAGUUAUUGUGCAAAAAUAAACUAUGAAAGUUCCAGUGGGAUUUAUUGCAAAGCUUUGGAGCUUCAUCAAAUUUUUACCCUUCUUCAUUUUGCUCCUUAUUUUGGGUAUCCUCAAAGCUUUGUUCAUCAGUCCGAUUGCAGCAGGCAUAAUUGGUUUUGGUAAUUCUUCAGUAAUUAUUGGACUUUGGCCAGCUCAUUUUUUUUGGACUUGCUACUGUGUUGUCAGAACAAAGAAGCUAGGAAUCACUCUGAAGAUUGCGAUGCUUCUUUCCUUGCCAUUGCCUCUUAUUCUUUGGCCUGUUGCUGGUAUUUUCGGGAGCUUUCUAGGCGGCACUGGAUUUGGGUUUUUUUCUCCAGUACUUGCAACUUUUGAAGCUGUUGGAGAAAAUGUCACUGACAAAUUCUACCAUUGCAUAUUUGAUGGUUGUUGGGCAACGAUUCAGGGGAGCUGCACGGUGGUGAGGGACUUCACUGAUUUUUGUUUCCACUCUUACUUUUCCUACAUGGAUGAGCUCAUCAUGAGAACUCCUGCUGAUGAGGAGCCUGUAGAAAUACAGCUAUCAAGGUUGCCGGGUUGUUUUUUAGUCAGCUUAGUCGGUUUGUUGAUGGAUGUACCUUCAAUAACAGUCCUUGCUCUUUGGAAGAGCCCAUACAUGCUUUUUACUGGAUGGAAAAGGCUAUUAGAAGAUUUCCUUGGAAGAGAAGGACCCUUUCUCGAGUCAGUAUGUGUCCCAUUUGGUGCUCUUGCUAUUAUCCUUUGGCCUCUUGCCGUGAUAGCAUCAGUUGUUGCUGCAUUUCUCUCUAGUUUUUUUCUUGGACUCUAUGCCGGUGUUGUUGUUCAUCAGGAAAAAUCAAUGAGAAUGGGAAUAGCAUUUGUUGUAGCUGCUGUCUCCCUGUUCGACGAGUAUGCCAAUGAUUUACUUUAUUUGGAACCGGGAUCAUGCCUGCCCAGGCCAAGAUAUCGUAAGAAUGUUCCUCCAGAUAGCAUACAGAGGAGAAGCUCACAUGACGCUGAAAAUAGUCUUGGAAAGGAUGGGAAAGAAGGGUUAAGUGAUUCAAAGCUGGUAUCACAACGCUCGAGGACAUUAAAAGCCGCAAUUCAACAUUAUAAGCCUUUUAAGGUAUUGGACUGGCUCUUCAAAUCAUGUGAGGUGAAUGGAAUGGAAUUUCUUAAUGAUGGUCUGAUAAAUGUGAAAGACAUAGAAGAGUGUGUUGUCAAGGGGGACUGCAAGAAGUUGGGCACUGCACUCCCUGCAUGGUGCAUUUUGAAAUGUUUGCUUGCCUCUGCUAAGUCAGAUGCGCCUGGUUUAGUCGUCUCUGAUGAGGCAGAUUUGACGAUUACCAAUUGGCCGGGAGAUAAAAUGUUUCAGUGGCUAAUAGAACCUUUGUUGGUCAUGAAAGAGCAGAUCAGAAAACUGAAUUUGGAAGACAAUGAAGAGGCCUGCUUGCGACAGGCAAUCAUGCAAUGCAAGAAUGAGACACCAGAGGAUUGGGAUGAUAUCGGUUUUCCAUCUCAAGAUAAUGUCAGAAGAGCGCAGCUUCAAUCUGUCAUCAGAAGACUGCAGGGUAUUGUGGGGUCCAUGACCAGAAUGCCAACUUUCAGACGAAGAUUCCAGAAUUUGGUCAAAGUUUUGUACGUGGAGGCUGCCAAGACUGGCGCCUUGGUGAGCUACAUUGUGGAGAACUCCACGGGCAGCAACACUUCACAGGGUGACAAGUUAGAUCAGACCUCACAAGAAACUGACGAGGGGAAAAGCGAUGUAGCAAAUAUUGUAUAGGCACCAUGAGAAAUUGUGGCAGUAAGGUUGCAGGGUUCUUUUCCUGAACGCUGCUGUAUUUUAAAUUCGUUCAUCUCACCAUCAAUAUCAAGUUAUCAAGCAACUACACAGAGUCAGCAGAACAAAACAGUGUUAGAAUGGCAAUUGGUAAAUGGAAAGUUACACUGUAACAAUCUGCAACAGAGUCAAGCUCGGACUAAAUCUUGAUUGGAGUAUUGCGAAACAUAAUUACUACAAAAGAAAAUGACAAACCUGCGUAGAAGUUUGCAACAACGAUUCAAACCUCUAAGGCUUGCACUAGAGGUUGGAGCACUGUUAUAGUACAAAACAAACAAAACAAAAACACUACAAAAAAUGAUGAGCUGUUAAAGAGUUUGCAACAACAUUGCAAGAGCAACUCCAAUGCCAAAUUAAUUGUUAAAAUUAAUUGCCAACUCUAAGGUGACAGUGAUGGUCUGACCUCUCGCAAAUAGGAUGGUGUAGGUGUGUGCACGAUGAGCAUCGGAAAUAAAAAGACAUAAAAAUACACAAAACGUGUGUGUUUCAAUAAAUCGCAAGAACAAAAAAAAAGAAUAACUCUCUUGAACAAAGGAGCAAUUCCCUUGAACAAAAGAAUAUUAAAGGCUCUAUUUUUCAUAUCUAUUUUUCGCGUUUUUAUUUGAUUCGUUGUCCUUCUUGCAAGUAUAUUCUUUUGGAUUUUAUGUUUUGAAUUUAAGCUAUGAAGAGGAGAGAGAAAGUACAAACUAGGUAUUCUAAAAUGGUUUUUAGAGAGAGAAAGUAAUAAAUAGUUUGCAAAUAUUCGUUGAUUUUUCUGCUUCAACAUUAAAUUCAAUUGAUUCUCUUAUUCAAAUCUGAAUUCUGCAGCUGAUAAUCAGAUUUUGGGACGUAAUUUUUCAAUUUUGUAAUGAUAAAUUGUAUGUUUUUGAUGAUUUUGAUUUUGUAAUAAUCGGGUUUUUGAUGAUUUUGACUAUUUUGAUGAAUUUGAUUUUGUAAUAAACGUGUUUUGA